AUCCGAGCUUUGUCGAUUCCAUUUCGUUUCGUUCUACCGAGGUUUUAUUUGACGAGGUUAUCUGCCUGGGCUUGUUUACAUUGGAACUUGGAACUGGAGCUGAUUAGAAGCAAAUCUCGUCCAGAGGCAGUGUUCAGUUGAAAGUGAAAUCCGUGUAGAGAGGAUGCUGGAUGUGGUGGCUCUACUGCUGAUCGGCCUGGCGGUGGGCUUUUGGUUUGUGCGCACGCGAUUGAGUUACUGGACCAGAAGGGGUAUUGGCAAUGUCCCCGGCCGGUUUCCCGUGGGGAAUAUGGAUGGUUUCCGGAAAACGAAGCACUUCAUCGAUAUUAUAACACCGCUGUAUGAGAAGUUCAAGAGCAAUGGAGCACCCUUCGCUGGGUUUUUUAUGAUGAUGCGACCUGUUGUGCUGAUCACGGACUUGGAACUGGCCAAGCAGAUUCUUAUACGGGACUUCGCCAACUUUGAGGAUCGUGGCAUGUACCAUAAUGAGCGCGAUGAUCCUCUGACUGGCCAUCUAUUCCGCAUCGAUGGACCCAAAUGGCGACCCCUGCGCGUGAAGAUGACACCCACAUUCACAUCCGCCAAGAUGAAGUACAUGUUUCCCACGGUGUGCGAGGUGGGUGUGGAACUGGCUCAGGUGUGCGGCGAAAUGGCGGAUAGUGCCAUGUGCGGGAUCCUAGAGAUUGGUGAUCUGAUGGCCCGCUAUACCUCCGAUGUCAUAGGCCGUUGUGCCUUCGGAGUGGAGUGUAACGGCCUUCGGAAUCCCGAGGCGGAGUUUGCCAAAAUGGGCAGAAGAGCCUUUUCGGAGCGUCGCCACUGCAAACUGGUCGAUGGGUUCAUCGAGAGUUUUCCCGAUCUUGCUCGCCUGCUGCGCAUGCGUCAGAUCCAUCAGGACAUCACGGAUUUCUAUGUGGGCAUCGUCCGGGAAACUGUAAAGCAAAGGGAGGAGCAGGGAGACGUGAGGAGUGACUUCAUGAACCUGCUGAUCGAAAUGAAGCAGAGGGGUGAACUGACCAUCGAGGAAAUGGCCGCCCAGGCUUUCAUAUUCUUUGUAGCUGGGUUCGACACCUCCGCUUCGACCUUGGCAUUCGCCCUGUACGAACUGGCCAAGCAGCCGGAACUUCAGGUGAAGCUUCGCCAGGAAAUCGACGACGCCCUGAAUUUGCAUCAGGGGGAAUUCACCUACGAUUCCAUGCAGGAGCUGCGCUACAUGGAACUUGUCAUUGCAGAAACUCUUCGGAAAUAUCCCAUACUGCCGCAGCUUACGCGGAUCUCCAGACACUUAUAUGCCGCCAAGGGGGACCGUCAUUUCUAUAUUGAGCCCGGACAGAUGGUACUGAUUCCGGUCUACGGCAUCCAUCAUGAUUCGGCUUUGUAUCCAUGGCCCAACAAUUUCAUACCGGAGCGGUUUUUGGCCGACCAACUGGCCCAGCGUCCCACCGCCUCGUGGCUUCCCUUCGGCGAUGGACCUCGCAAUUGCAUCGGAAUGAGGUUCGGCAAGAUGCAGACGACCAUUGGCCUGGUCAACCUGCUGAGGAACUUUCACUUCAGCGUAUGUCCUCGAACUGACCCCAAAAUCGAGUUUGCCAAGUCCAAUAUUCUGCUGUGCCCCGCCAAUGGUAUCUACUUGAAAGUCCAAGAACUUAGCCAACUGCGAAAAUAGUGGUUCCAAUUAAAUAAGUAACCCAUAUAUUUUAAUUUGAUUAUGUAUAUAAUGUCUAUGUAUAAAUACAUAUUAUAAUACAAUUUUUAUGAAUAUACGCAAUGGUAAAUAUAUCAUUGAUAAAGCUUGGUA